AUGCUGGCCACAAGCAGCGGCGUCAUUACCAGCCUGUCCCUGUGGAUUAUUUUCCUCUCCAGCUCGGGUGUGGGCGCGCGGAGGCAGCGCGAUGAUCCUGAUGAUGAGGAGUCCUGGUCGGAGAGUGUUUCCAGGGCGACGUGUGUGUCGCGGUGCCUCAGUUUGCACAGUGUGGCUGCGCUCUCGACGCCGCUGCAGAAUAAUGGAUCAUUGGGCUGGUGUCACACUCAUAAACAGUGCUCAAAGUGCCUGGAGCCCUGCAAAGACUCCUGGGAGAUGAAGAGGAAAAGCAAUUGCAGAGAGAUGUGUGAGCGGGUGUUUCCCAAGAAGCACUGGGAGUGUGUGACCAGCUGUGAGUUCCUCCAGUCCAUCCUGGCGGUGAAACAGGGCAGCUGUCCACCUCCGGAGAGAGCCAGCGGCUUCGCAGCAGCCUGCGUGGAGAGUUGCGACCAUGACCGAGAAUGUCCUGCUCAGAAGAAAUGCUGCUCCAACGGGUGUGGUCACACCUGUCAGUCUCCCAAAGACCUGUACAAUGGUGCUCCUCUGAAGCCGAGGAAGGAGCUGGGCUUCAAAGAACUCCCAUCUGGUCAGCUGGAGGUGCGUUGGUCCUCCCGCUUCAACAUUUCGGCUGAGCCGGUUGUCUACAUUCUGCAGAGGAGGUGGAACUUUGGCAUCCAGCCCAGCGAGGACACUGCCACCCCCUGGCAGGUGGUUGCACAGACCACAGAGCAGGGAGCGAGGCUCUCCGACAUCCGGCCAGGUCGCUGGUACCAAUUCAGGGUGGCAGCUGUCAACACCCGCGGGACCAGGGGUUUCACCACGCCCAGCAGACACAUCCACUCCAGCAGAGAUCCCGCCAAUCCUCCAGCUCCCACUGAGCUCAGAGUGGCCAAUAUGAGCUUUGGCAGUGGCAGGACAGUGUCGGGCAGGCUCCAGUGGAGCAUGCCUGUUGACCUGGAUGUUCCCGUGCACCACUACAAGGUCAGCUGGAGCUGGACAGCAGUCGGACAGCUGUCUGCUUCGUCCCUGACCAAGAGGAGGAAGACAGUCAGAGAGAGCCAGGUGGAGCUGGACAGCAUGCGGUCCAACAGGAGCUACAGUGUGGAGGUCCAGGCUGUGUCCUACUGGGGACAAACUCAGCUCAGAGGACCUCGAGCUGUCCUCCAUUUCACCACACAGCGCACCAGCAGUACUGCUCCUAGAAACCCGACAGGUGACAAUCUGGAUGUGGGGACACCAUUCUACCAGGAUGGACAGCUCCAGGUUCAUGUGUACUGGCAGAGCAGCAAGGAUCCCUCAGCUGACCUCUACAGAAUCCAGUGGGGACCAGAGCAUUGUGGACACAACCAGACUAGACCCAUGGAGAAGACCACCACACAGGAGACCUUUGUCAACCUGCGGGGCUUGCUCUUCUCCUGUAAGUAUAAAAUUGUUCUGCAGCCGGUCAGCAAGAGGAGUCGCCCUCUGUCAGAAAGCACCAGCUUCUUCACUCCCGCAUGUUCUACCAUCCAGGCCAGGAGUCCCAAACCCAUCGUCUGUCCUGGAGAAACAGCAGUGUCCCCUCAGAAGGUCCUGUUGAAGGCGGCCAACCUGACAGCGUCCUUUGAGGUCUGGGGUGGCAACGUGACAGCUAUCUUUAGCUGGGAUUUGUCCCCAACCCCGCCCCUCCAGCAGCUAACUGGUUACCAGGUGACCUGGGCAGAGGUCAUCCCCACCCACCGGCACAACAUCAACAAGUUGCCUCACAGCCUCAUAUCCCAGUCCCAGAUCCUGCCCCCGGAUGGUAACAUUCUGAUGGUGCCCGGCCUGCACCCUGCCAGUCUGUACAGGCUGGAGGUCCAGGCCAUCACAGCAGAGGGCGAAGGUCCUGCAACCAGCCGAACCUUCCAGACUCCUGGACACCAAAGCACCCUGAAGUACAGACCCAGGCCGAGGAAGAAUCGCUAUAAACAGCCAAUCAUUGAGAGGCACUGGGCCCAGAUGGCCAAUCAGCCUGCAUGAACAAAGUCUCCCAAACUGAUCAGGAAUCCACAAAAGAGUGAUCAGUCGUGACAAUUGCAAAAUCACCAGCUUCAAGAUCGAGAUGAAUUCUCCACAACAACUAGCAACCAUUUAACUCCCUCACCAAGUGGACUACUGUAGCAUUCACAUAUCACAGAGACCAUUACUGGCUGUUGUAUCCCUUUUGAUAAAACCAAUCCAUAGACUUCGAAUUAGUAUUUAUACUAGUACUAAACUGGAACACAGAUUACAGUAACAAUACCUCUACUCCCAGGUCCCAAUCAUUGACCAUGGUCACACUGAUUUACACUAGCAAUGCAGGGGUAUCCCAGUGAAUAUGUCAUUUAGAUAUAAUUAAUACACAACAUAGAAAACACUGUUUAUUGGAAAUUUUUCAUAGUUUCAAAUAGAACAGAAGGUAACAUAAGAACAAUACAAAACCAAGACAGGACUGGACAAACCAAAUCAGUACCUAGAACAAGACAAAGAACAACAGUAGUUAUGAUAUUAGAAUAUAAAGAUAUGUAGAUAUGUGUGUAAUAAUAGUAAAACAUAAUAUAAUGGCUGUUUGUCAGACAGCUGCCUGCCACUUUAUGAUUUACUAUCCUUAGAAUACACAAUCAAUCAUUCGGGAAUACUCGGAAAGUCUAGCUUUCAAGCAACAUUUCCUCCAGGAGUUCGUCAUCAUGCUCCUGAUUCUUUUCAGUUUGACAAACUUAAGGACGUCCCUUAUCCAUAAGACGUAACUAAUUCAUUUCAAUCUCAUUAAAGAAUAAUUAAGCAUUCGGUGCCAGUGUGGCUGCUCAAUCCUCUAUUCUGCAAAGACAAUUUACUCUCUACUAAAGAAGUAGGUUUUAUACCCAGAACUAAUUCCCUGUGACACCAUUUCUAAGUCCUCUUGAUGGAAGUGCAUGCAAAUACCCAAAUCUUUACAGUGAUGUCAUCGAGUGGAAUCUUGAUGACUGAUGACAUUUUUGUAAACCACAUGUAGCUCUCCUGUCCUCUGUAAAUGCUGUAUAUACCGUGUGUCUGUAUUUAUUAGUUGUGGUAUGUAUCUGUGUCUGAA